UUUAAUGCCGUCUCUCUCCAAUUAACAGGGCCAAGCCAAGUGGGGCAUUUUAUCUCGGGGAUUAUACACGACGCGUGCGGCAGGAUGAGCGGCGUCCUCAGCACUCUCGGCUGCUGCAAAUGCCGCGCAAGCCCUGCGUGCGGAACCUCCUUCGGCCGGCCGUCGCCACUCGGUACUUCUCGCCCGCAAGAGCGGAGAAGCAACGCCGGUGCCCGCCGCGGCAGAAAAAGGACAUCCCCGCAUGCAGAGAAAGGGAAGGGAAAGAAACAAAAGCAGGCACAGUACCUUGUGGUUUUGUGAGUGCUCUGUGGAACUAUAGAUUCCUACCCACUGCCAAAGAUGUAUAUGCAGGUUGAAAGUCAUUCAAACUCAUUCCUUCACUUGAAGAGAUCCCCUGGCAUCAGAUCUUGGUCUAUCCUUGUAGGGAUCUCUUCUGUUGGCUUGGCUGCUGCUUAUUAUAGUGAAGAUAGCUUGGGAUGGAAACUUUUUUAUCUUGCUGGCUGUCUCUUUGUAGCUGUGCAAAAUCUGGAGGAGUGGGAGGAAGCUAUAUUUGAGAAAGAUGCAGGAAAAGUUUACUUAAAGUCAUUCAGCCUUUACAAAAAGCUGCUGACCCUUUCAAGAGCUGGUCAUGAACAAGUAGUGGUUGUUCCAUUGGAUGAAAUACAGGCUGUGAAUGUGGAAGAAGAGAAGGUUCGUUACUUUGGGAAGGGAUACCGAAUUGUAUUGCGAUUUGGCACUGGAUUUUCACACCCUCUGACAGAGAGUGCAGUGAUGGGCUGCAGAAGUGAUGUUGAGGCUGUGGCCAGCCUCAUUAUUGGCUUCCUUGAACUGAACGAGUUGCCAACCGAUGAAGGCCUUGAGAACAGUAGUGAAACAGAUGUUAGUGAUUAAGAAGAUCAAGCCAAGGACAAAUAGUUGCAUGAACUCUGAUACGUGGAAACCAAAAAUUCUCUGAAUGGUGGAAAACUUUGAACCUCUUACCUUCUUAGGUUCUAGAACUUACUUUUUAAUUGUUAACUUCCUGUAUAUAAUGUUAUGCAGAGAAAUACUUGCAACAAUUAGCAAAGAGUUUAAAAGUCUUCCCUAUUUUCUAGGACAAUGGAUUUUUUAACUGAAAUAUUCUCAAAUAUGAUUUCAGAAUAACCAAAGGGAAUACAGUUUGGACAUAAUUUAAAUGAUUAUCUAACUCCUGAUGAGUCUUGAGGCCGACUAUUUCUUUCCCCUUCAGCGUUCAUUUUGAUUGUUUUUAAAAUUCAGUAAAUUUUCCAGAGAGAGUAUUGGUUCAUAGACUCUAGAUGUGGAGCAUGCCCUUUCUCAACAACUGUACUUCUGCAGAAGGAGCAGCAUAAAAGCUGCUGCUUAUACUUCCGAGCAAACCAGUUUGCAUUACACCCAGAUCUAGAGCUGUUUUUUUCCUAAACAAAAGGGGGAGAACAUUCAGAGAGCAGAAGCAACUCCAGAGAAGACCCACCUGCAAGUGAUUACCACUUGACAAGCUAUAGGCAUGUUACGUAAGGCAGGACCUCUUCUAAUUAUCUUAGUGAUUGACAAGGUCUGUAAUUGCAAAUGAAAUUUGUCCUGGUCCCAAGUUGUUUAAAACAAAACUUGACUCCUGCUUGUAGUUAAUUGGCAGUCUGUAAAAUUGUGGUUACCAGUGUGUGAUCAACAGGCUAGAAAAGGGCAUUAGCUGGGAUUCCACCCAAAGCUAGUUCUCCAAUCACUGCCCACGGAGGUGAUGUGACUUUUUAAUGUUAGUCAAUGACUGUGGUAAAUUCCAAAAGGACAAGAGCCGAAAUCAAAUGUUUUGAAUCCAGCUCUUCAAAAACACAUCUUUGGCUUGAUUGAUUGUGGUACAUUAUUUUUAGCCUGCCCACAGGACCAUUUGAUAUUGUAUCCUUAAAAUUGAUAAGCACAAGGAAAGUUUGUGUGUGUGCCUGUGCGUUGUUUUCAGCUCUUGAUUUAUGUUGUUAUGUACAUUUUUCUAACAUUAGUUUCAUGGUGAUUAUAUUUAAUUUUCUAUUGUGGCCAAGUGCCAAUAAUGUCUGUAUUAAUUUUUUAUUUUGCCGGAGUUCAAAGAAAACAUCCAGUCUAAAUAGAUAUUUAAAUGAUAGAUUUUAAAAAUUGGGAAAAAUUGUGUAUGU